AUGGUGGCGAUAUUUUUAUAUGUAAUUGCGCAUCACCAUAAGAAUAGAGUUGUGGGUUUUCAAUUCAAGCGAUCAGGAGAUACGAUUAGUAGACAUGUGAACACGGUGUUGAAAGGAGUUAUUAGGCUUCAAGGAGAGUUGUUAAAAGAACCGGUAGCAGUCUCUACAAGUUCUGUUGACCAGAGAUGGAACUGCUUUAAGAACUGCCUAGGGGCAUUAGAUGGAGCACAUAUUAGUGUCCACGUUGCAACAGCAGACAAGCCUAGGUAUCGUACAAGGAAAAGCGCAAUUGCUACCAAUGUCUUAGGUGUAUGUUCUCAAGACUUGGAGGUUAUAUAUGUAUAUCCUGGAUGGGAAGGAUCAGCUGCUGAUUCUCGUGUUCUUAGGGAAGCCAUUUACAAAAAAAAUGGCUUAAAAGUUCCACAUGGUUACUAUUACCUUGUUGAUGCCGGUUAUCCAAAUAGUGGAGGAUUUCUUGCUCCCUUUAGAGGUCAACGUUAUCAUUUGAAGGAAUGGGGGCGAGAUCGUUUAGAACCCAGGACAGCUGAAGAAUUGUUCAAUAUGAAACAUUGUAGGGCUAGGAAUGUGAUUGAAAGAGUUUUUGGAUUGUUGAAAAUGAGAUGGGCAAUACUUAGGGGUCCCUCAUGGUAUCCUGUGAACAUACAUUGCCGUUUUAUCAUGGCCUGUUGUUUGAUACAUAACCUUAUUAGGAGAGAAAUGCCUAUGGAUGAAUUUUUACCGGAAGAUGAAUAUGAAGAUGGACCAAUUAAUUUGGUUUCUCCUCAAGAAAGUCGAAUGAUCGAACAUGUCGAUUCCUCGAAUUAUUGGGAUGUUCAGAGAAAGGAGUUAGCUGAUCAAAUGUGGGAAAGAUGGACUGCACUUAGACGCAACUUGCAUUUCCUACCUUUCAGGAAUUCAACCUUACAAAAUUUUGUUGUAAACAGGCAGGUAAUGGCACCUCAUCGGAGUUGGGUACAAGCUGAAGAUGACAUAUUGGUUGAUGUUUUGACGGAACUUGCACUUGAUGGCAAGUGGAAGAGUGAUACAGGAUUUAAAUCUGGCUAUUUGAAAGUGAUUGAGCAAAAAUUAGCUGAGAAACUACCCAAUUCCGGGUUAAGUACUACCAACAUUGAUUCGAGAAUAAAGACUUUAAAGAAGCAUUCAAUGGAAAUCAACGAAAUGUUAAGUGCUGGCAGUGGUUUUGAAUGGGAUUAUGUCAACAAUAAGCUUGUGUGUGAGAAGAAUUUAUUUGAUGAAUGGGCUAAGUCUCAUCCAAGUAUAAAGGGAGUGUAUGGGAAAGUUUUUCCUCAUUUGGACGCAUUGGUUGAAAUAUUUGCUGAAGAUAGAGCAAAUGGUAAAGGAGCUGCUUCUUUAGCUGAAGAGUUGGAAGAGAUAGAUAAAGAAGAUGAGCAAGAAAGGGAGAACGAAACAAAACAGGAAACUGAACAAGAACAAAGUAACCAAUCUGGAUCAGUGGACGAAGCCAAUAACAGUAAUGAUAAAGGUAGGAGGAGGAAGAGGGUUAGAUCAUCUUCUUUGGAUGUUGUAUCUGGUGAAUCAAGUGGUGAUUCGAAUGGUCUUAAUCUGAUGGCUAAUUCUUUCAGCAAGUUUGUAUCAGGCACUCUUUCACAUUUUGAAGCAAUUCGUAGUACAUUGGCCCAAGAAUCAGACACCAACAAACAGUUGUUUGAGGAGCUACAGAAGAUUGAUGGUCUUACUGAUGAUGAUGUGAUAGAUGCUGCUUCGAUUAUACUUGAUUCAUCUACGAAGACCAAAAUGUUUUUCGGGAUGGAAGAAGGGAAGAGGGCUCACUAUGUGAAGAAUAGAAUACUCAAGUAG